AUGGGGGAAAUCAAGCUAGAGGAGGGCGGCGCGAACGGCGCGCGCCUGAAGCAGGAGAGGAGCGCUUCCAUUCCGACUCCCAACGACAGCCACGAUGGUUCCCAGUCCCCAGCGCUGUCGCAGGAGGGUGUCAAAUCACGCAGCGGCAGCGCCGAGACGCCAUCCUCGACUAAGGCUGCUGCGCUGUCGCGAAAGGCGUCACAGAAACUGGCGGCCAAGCGCGAACACGUCCUCUACAGCCAACUCCCCGACGUCACCGCCGAAUCCCGCAAGGCCUUUCAGCUCAUUCCCGAUUGUCUCUACGGCUCGAAGCACCUCGGAUCCACAGACAACGAUGCCUUGGACUGUGAUUGCCGAGACGACUGGCGCAAUGGCGAAAAUUUUGCCUGUGGCGAGGAUUCAGACUGCAUCAACCGAGCAACCAAGAUGGAGUGCAGUGGCGAUGCUGGAAAUUGCGGUGGCGGUUGCCAGAACCAGCGAUUCCAGCGCAAGCAGUAUGCCAGUGUUUCGGUCAUCAAGACUGAGAAGAAGGGAUUCGGCCUUCGCACAGAUUCAGAUCUGCAGGCUAAUGACUUCGUGUUUGAGUAUAUUGGCGAGGUUAUCAAUGAGCCCACCUUCCGCCGACGAAUGUUGCAGUACGACGAUGAGGGCAUCAAGCAUUUUUACUUCAUGUCGCUGAACAAGAGCGAAUUCGUUGAUGCGACUAAGAAGGGCAACCUCGGUCGUUUCUGCAACCAUUCCUGCAACCCAAAUUGCUACGUGGACAAGUGGGUGGUUGGCGACAAGCUUCGCAUGGGCAUCUUCACUUCGCGCAAAGUCCAAGCUGGUGAGGAGCUUGUCUUCAACUACAAUGUCGAUCGAUAUGGCGCGGAUCCUCAACCUUGCUACUGCGGAGAACCAAAUUGCGUUGGAUUUAUUGGUGGCAAGACCCAGACCGAGCGUGCCACCAAACUCCCAGCAGCGACUGUUGAAGCACUCGGCAUUGACGGUGGCGACGGUUGGGAUACCUCAGUUGCCAAGAAGCCCCGGAGAAAGAGGCCUGAGGAAGAGGAUGAGGAGUAUGUCAACAGCAUACAACCACGCAGCCUGGACGAAGAGGAUGCUCGAAAGGUCAUGGCCGCCCUCAUGCAGUGCAAGGAGAAAUGGAUCGCCGUCAAGUUGCUUGAGCGUAUCGAGCAGUGUGAUGACGAUCGCGUCAUGCAUGUCGUGAUGCGGAUGCAUGCCUACCAAAUUCUCAGAACCACCCUCAAUACUUUUAUUGAUGACCACAACGUGGUCCUUCAGCUCUUGUCGAUUCUUGACAAGUUCCCGCGCUUGACAAGGAACAAGAUUCAGGACUCCAAGAUCGAGGCAACAGUUGAAGGACUGACCCACUCUGAACAUGAAGAUGUGUCGAGUAAAUCCAAGAAGCUCCUAGACGAAUGGAGCAAACUGGAGGUCGCAUACCGGAUACGACGGCGCAAGUUUGACCCAAAUGCGCCGGCCGCAACGUUUGAAGAUCGCCGUGGACAAGGACGAGAAGAAGAACCUGUCCAGUCGACGUCGAAAACAGCAUCGCCCCGGACAAUUGAUGCGCCCAAGGGACCUCGGAACACGGUGCCCCAGAGGAACAAUGCCUUCUUUAACAACGGUGUACGGCCGCGUCGCCAAAAUUUCAAUGCUCCUCUGCCUCACGGUUGGUUCACUGCGAAGGACGCAGGAGGUAAUGCCUACUUCUACACCAAGCAAGGAACUACAACAUGGCAGAAGCCAACGCAUCCGGCGCCUGACAACACCCCAAAGGCGCCCUCCAAGGCUAUGCAGGAGCAGCUCAUGAUCCAGAGUAUCAUCGAUCGGGUUACCAAGGAGAGUACUCCUAAACAACCCGCUUCUCUGACGCCGAAGGCUGCGGAAACGCCCGUGAAAGAUUCCAAGAAGGAAAAAUGGAGAGCCCUCCCCAUCGAAAAGCAGAUGAAGAUCUACGAGAAUACACUGUUCCCUCAUAUCAAACAUGUCCUGGAUAAGUUUCAUCAUAAACUUCCCAGAGAAGAGCUGAAGCGCCUCGGUAAGGACGUUGCAAAAAAGCUUGUUGCCUCCGAUUAUAAGAACGAGAGAGUUGGAGACCCGAGUGCAGCCCUCAGCGACAAGCAAGCCAACAAGAUGAAGAAAUAUGUCAAAGACUUCCUCGAUCGGGCGCUGGAGAAGUACACCGAACACCAGCAACGGAAAGUUGCCCGGGAGACGCAGAAGCCGGUAAGAGAUCACCGGGCACCACGUGGAACUGCGAGGCUCGAUGAUGUUGCCGGUGAUUCGUUUGAUUCCCUCCAAUCUAAAGCGGAUGAUGGAGAAGACAUCGUCUUGUCUGAUAAUGAGGCCCUUGAAACUUCGGGGAGCCCAGACCGUAAGCGGAAACGGGAAGCAGAAGUGGUAGACUCUCCAAGUCUUACACCUUCAGAUGGCCCGUUGACGAAGCGACCAAGGGAAGACGAGUUGGACGACACUAGCCCUCCACCGCCACCGCCGCCGCCUCCGGAGUCUGAUAUGGAGGAUGUGAUGGGUGCAGAGCAACAGGCUCUUCGCGAACAGGAGGAAGCACUCAUGCGGGAAAAUGAGGAAGCGCAACGACUGGAAGAUGAAGCCAAUAGGUCGAAGGGCAUGGACAACGCCCUGGCCGAGAGAUCGAAUUCGAGCUGA